AUGACUAGACGAGAAAUAUCCAAUAGAUGGAAUAUUCGCAAGGGUAAGGUUGGAAAUAGUUUUUUUAGCAAAAAUAAGAAUUUAACCGAAGACUUAAAGCUAGUAGGGUUUACUAAUUUACGAAAAUUAAUAAUUUCUUCUCAUCAAAUAACUAAUUUAAAUCUUAGUAAUUGUCCUAAAUUGGAAGAAGUAGAUUGUCAUGGUAAUGAACUUACUAGUUUAAACGUAACUCAUUGCUCAAAUCUUAAAAAGAUUGAUUGCUCAAAUAAUAACCUGGAAGAAUUAGAUCUUAGCACUUGCACUAAGUUAGAAGAAGUAGAUAUAAAUAAUUGCUCAAAUCUUAUUCAAAAAGCAAUAAAUUCUAAUCUUAAUUAUGAUGUUGAGAAUGGUAAGUUAGUUAAGGAUUCAGCAAAAAAAAGUAGUCCCAAAAUAAUAAAAGCUAAAGAAAACGACACCAGAAAUAUCUUAAUAGUGGGCAUCACUGGUAAUGGUAAAUCAGCUUUAGCUAAUGCUUUAUCCAGUUCUGUUACUAAUGAGUUUGGAGAAAAGAAUACGAGCACUAGUGUAACUAAAAGUUUUCAAGAAAAUACUAAUAACAUUAAUGAAACAGACAUUUUGUUCAAAAUUGGCGAAGGAAUUCACUCGGCUAAGGAAGGAAUUAAUCAAGUUCUUUUUGUUUUUAAAGGAAGGCUUUCUCCGGAACAUAUAGUAGCUUUUAACGUGUUUAAAGAUUUUAUUGCGGAAACUGGUAUUACUAAGUUUACUACUCUAGUUCGCACUAAUUUUGUCGACUUCCGAAAUCAAAAAAAAUGUCAAGAAGACAAGGAAUCUUUACUUGCUCAAAGCAAAAAAGUUAGUGAGAUAAUUAAUUCUUGCAAUGGCAUUAUUUAUGUUGACAACCCCUCAACUAUAAUUGAAGAAGAUAGUGAGGAUAGUGAAGAUGAAAGAGAAGAGAAGAAAAAAGAAGCUAAUGGCAUAGUUUUGAUGGUGAACAAAUAUAAUGAGAAAAAAAAUCAAAUAGAACAAAGUGAUAGUUCAACCAAAGAAAAGGAACUAAAACAAGCCAAAACCGAAGUAGCCAAAGAAAUUAAUCAAGGAAUAAAAGUUAGUGUGGGAGCAGAAGUGCCAGGGAUUGGCAGCUUUACCGCCGCUAUCGAACAUACUAAGCAAAUAAUAAAUUGGUAA